AAUGAGUUACACGAACAGAGAUUUAGAUCGGAGUUCCAGCUUUGAAGAGGAAUCGUCCGGAUUAAAUCAGUUGCUGAAGAGAUGUUGUGUUGGUGGAAAAGCUUUUUUUGACGCUCUAAAAGCGAUGAUCACAAGAUUACUUUUUAUUCUACAUUCUUUAAUUGCUAUUUGGAGGGUGACUAUAACAACUGGUCAACUGUACUGGAGAGGUCACGAAUGGAAGUGGUUUACGCCAAGUGUUUUAUUCUAUCUAGCCGCAGUUGUGCCACCAAUUUGGAUGUUGGAAUUAAACAAGUUGAACUAUCAUGAAUCAAGAUUGAAUAAUACAUUAUUCGCUUUUGAUAUUAAUAAAAAUAGCCUCAACUUUCUACCGCUAGCCAUUUCGAAUGAUGAUUGGGUACUAAUCGUUGAGCAAGCUCUCUUGGUUCUCAUCAUUGUUUGUAGAUGGCUUAUGCCGAAAGGAGAUUUGACUAGAGAUCAGCUCUCUUCUUUACUCUUGAUUUACCUUGGAACUGCAUCGGAUAUCGUAGAUUUUUUCACAGUUAUGUCUGAAAAACAAAUUGUUGAAGACAAGGGUUUUGUAUAUUGUAUUCUCUUCAUUUGGAGCUGGUCACUUUUCCAGUUCCCAUUUACUGUAACGGCAACAAAGGAUAACGAAACAGAUGAAAAUGAGGAAAAUCAGCCGGACGAAAAGAAAGAAACACAACGAGAGAAAUGCAUGAAAUAUGUAGAAAUAUUUCUUGAGAGUGAAGCUUGGGGUAUUAUGAUAUCAGUUUUAAUGCAAGAUGGACCUUUUGUAAUAAUUCGUUUGAUUGCAAUAUUUAAGUAUAAAGUGUUUAACUACACUAACUGUUUUUUUGCUUGCAAGAAUGCUCUGGUUUUAGCACUUCAACUAUAUCGGCUAAUCUCCCUUUACUGCGAAAAAAAAGAAAAUAAAAAGAAAAAGGGAGAAAAUAAAGCAAAGCUUGGCUACAACUUUUGUGAUUAA